AUGAAUAAUGUUUAUGAAGAGCUAGAUGAAGCUAAAGGUGAAAUUAAGAAACUCAAGGCAGAACUUAGAGGUAAAAAGCGUUCAUAUAAGAACUUGAAGAGAUCACAUGAUGUGCAAGUCAAUCAAAUACAAGAAGCGAUUUCCAAAGCCGAGAAGCUUGAACAAGAACUACUACAAAAAGCCGAUGAGUUCAUUUAUGCAGACCAAAUACAUGAAUGUCACAACUCAAAUUUUAGUCUGGUGGAGCGCCAGGAACAACACGGGACCAAUGAUCAGUUAAAACAGUUUAAGCCAUGUACGAAAGAAUGUGAGUCGGAAAAAUCUACAUUGCUUGAUGAAAUUUCCUUUUUGAAAUCCAAGUUAGAUUCUCAUAUAAAAGUAUCACAAGAUCUACAACAUCAGUUACACAUGUGUAAGCAAUUACUUGCACAUGAAGAAAGCCAGAGAAAGUCUAUAGAAGUUGAAGUUUUAGAUUUGAAAUCAAAAUCUGAAGGAUUAAAUUCUCAGAAAGACAAAGAUAUUGAAGAUCUUAGGAAGGCAUUGAAAAUACAAGAGGUGUAUUAUAAAGAAUCAAAAUACUCAAAUGAGAAAUUAGAGCAAGAAAAUCAACAGUUAAGGAAGUCUCUAAGAGAACUUCAGGAAUCUCAAGAUGCGAGAGCUUCAUAUUCUAUUUCGAUGCUACGAUCCAAUCUUAGAGGUUUGCAAAAAACUCACAGAGAGUGUGUCAAAAUUUUCAAGGCUAGACAAGUUGAAUGGAGCUUUCAGCUAGAACAAAUGUCAGACAACAUUGACAACUAUCGUUAUGCGUUAGAAGUUAAAGCUGCAACAAUAGAAAAGCUCAAGAAGGAGUUGGAAUGUUCUCAAUCUUUUAAUAUUGAGAUGAUGUUGCUCAAUGAAGAGAUGUUUGUUAUGCUGCUAGUGUUAAAGGAAGGAAUUUCUGAGCACAAUGAAUUACAGAAUUCGCAGCGUAAAGAACAUAAUAUCCACAAGGAUAUGCUUGAAGAAUCAACAAAGUGUAAAACCAAAAUGGAUUUGAAGGAACAACUUUUCGAAGUUUAUAAUGCUCUAGACAAGCCAAAUAUUGAAUUGGAUGAUAGAACAUGUGAAAUAAGUGAAAUGGAAUUUGAAUUACAAAUGUGGAAGUCGUUUGUCAAAAGUUUGAAGAACGAUCUUGAAGAAAGCCGCGUAAUGCGAAAAGCACUCGAAAAUUCACUACUUGCUCAAGUAGAUUUUAAUGUAAGACUCAAGCAAAAGAUAGAUAGCUUGGAACAUAAGUUGGAAGAGGAAGAGAAUAAAAUAAAUUAUCUUCAACUACAUCUUUUUGUAUUGGAACAAGCACUAAAAGAAAGGGACGCAAAAGCUUCUGAACCAGAACAAUUUAGAAGAGAGUUUGAUAGUGUUGUGAUUGAAAAAUGCAAUGUGGAAAGAACCAAUGAGUUUGAGAAAGAGAUUCCUAUAAAGGGAAAAAAUAUGGCAAAAAAUGAACUCAUGAAGUAUGUUACUUCAUUGAAAAAAGAGUUCAUUAGCUCAUUGAUACCCUUUAAUUCACAACUAAUGGAGAAGCAUGCUGAAAUUAUUCAGGUUCAAGAAGUUUGUGAUAAGAUAACAGAAGCUGAGGCUCUAGCUAUUAUUGAAUUUGAAGAGAAAAAGUUAAUGAUAGAAGAACUUGAGGAUGAUAUUAAUGACAUGGAAAAUAAACUAAAAUUGCAGGAAGAGAAUUUGAGCCAGUUAAAACUACUUGCAUGUGAUAUUGAAAUGGAAAUUGAUGCAAAACAGUUGAAAAUAAAGCAGUUGAAUGAUCACUUGGAAAAUAAGCUAAGAGGCUCAGAUGUUUUGCUUCAAAAAAUCAAGAUUGAGAAUAGAAGUUUGCUUGACAAUGGUGCAAGAUUGUCACUAGAAAGGGAAAAUUUGUUGAGUUUUAUUAUGGGAUUAGGCGAUAAAAUGAACGAUUGCACAACUGCAGAUACUAAUCUCGUUCAUGUGUUGAGAAGCUUAGUUCAAUCUUUUGAGAAAGAAUGUGUAGGAGGAAUGAAUUUAAAAAAUGAUGAUGGAUUGUUUGUAAAAGAGAACAUGAUAGUACAUUCUCCUACAGGGUUAAAUAAACCUGAAAGUUUAUCUGAUAUAAGGUCACCAUUUGUGGAGCUUGAUAAUAAGUUGCAAUAG